GGUCAGAAAAAGAGCUUGUGUGUGUUGUGGCAAUCCACUAGCCUAGCUCUACUUCCUGGAGGGCAGAAAGAAAAAACCUUCCCAGGUAAUUGUGGCUGAGUUGGGUGUGACUCUAAAGAAUGUCAAACAAAGAGAGUGGCUCGCUGCCUGUCGAAGGGGGGGGCAUAGAGGAUUUUGCCAUCUACGUUCAUCUCUCCAGACAAAACACAAGCAGUCAGCUGGUUUGGAAGCGACUCUCCCUACCUGCUGUAUUUGGUCGCGCUGACACUGGAAAGUUGGUGUCUCCGUGAGGAGGAGGGAUGUUUGACACACUGUAUGAGUGGUUCUGGUGGGACAAAAUCUGGCUGCCUGAGGAGCUGUCGUGGGCCGACCUGGAAGACAAGGAUGAUCGAGUCUAUGCCAAAGCCUCACAUCUUUAUGUCAUUGUCCCCUACGCCUUUGCCUUUUUAUUCGUCAGAUACAUGUUUGAGAGGUGGAUAGCAACGCCCCUCGCAGCAUCUGCUGGAAUCAAGCAGAAAGUUCAUCUGAAAGCACAGGACAUCCCCACCCUGGAGCUUUACUACACGACUCGGUGUAGAAAUCCUGCUCAGUCUGACAUUGACGGCCUGUCUAAGAAGAGCAGUUUGUCAGUGAGACAAGUUGAACGAUGGUUCAGAAGAAGACGCAGACAGGACCGUCCUGGUGUCCUGAAGAAAUUCAGAGAGGCCAGUUGGAGGUUUGUCUUCUACCUGUUUGCCUUCAUCGGAGGAGUAAUAGCGCUGUAUGAUAAAGAAUGGCUUUAUGACACACGUGAAGUAUGGACAGAUUUUCCAAAGCAGUCCAUGCUGCAGUCUCAGUACUGGUAUUAUAUCUUGGAGAUGAGCUUUUAUGGGUGUCUUCUCUUCAGUGUUGCAUUUGAUGUCAAGAGAAAGGACUUUAAGGAGCAGAUCAUCCACCACUUGGCCACGCUGGUCCUCCUGUCAUUUUCCUGGUGUGUCAACUAUAUCCGUAUUGGAACGCUGGUCAUGCUUGUCCAUGAUGCUUCCGAUGUUUUACUGGAGUCUGCCAAAUUAUUCAACUAUGCCAAAUGGGAGAAAACCUGCCAAACCCUUUUUGUUUUGUUUGCCAUAGUGUUCAUGGUAACACGACUGAUCAUCUUUCCAUUUUGGCUGAUCCACUGUACCUGGGUUUAUCCUGUCCUCCACUACCCAGCCUUCUUUGGCUACUACUUCUUCAAUGUGAUGCUGGUGGUCCUUCUCUGUCUUCACAUAUUCUGGGCCUACCUCAUUCUCCGCAUGGUCCGAAAAUUCAUUUUUGGCACCUUAACCAGAGAUGAGAGAAGUGACCACGAAGAAGAAGACGAGGAAGAGAGCAGCCAGACGGAGGAUGAAGGUGAACAGCAGCAAAGACACAAGCCUGUGAAUGGACUGGCAGUAGAUGAGAAGGAUGAGAAGAAUGGCUGCUUUGGAUCCUUGUCUCCACCAGAGAACAUCUGCUGGUCAAAGACUGUGUACUGAGUCGUACUCAGUAUAAUCAGCGGAGCUCAAGAUGUGAGAUAUAGAACAAUGCUAAAUACAUUUCAUCCAUUAUUUAUUCUUCAGUCACACACUGAAACGCAAACAAACCCAGACCAACAUUGUUGUUCUCACAUCACUUGAAAGGGCUCCCAUGUGUAGGGCAAAGGACUUGGAAAUGUUCUUGGCUCUUCCUCUGUUUUUAUCCACAGUGUUGUCCAUGGCAGAGCUUCACUCGGCCGCCCUGCUGGUCAGAAGAGACCAAACAAGCAAUCAAAGCAAUCAUGACUGUGCGCUGGGUUGGAUAUAUGCAUUAGGUGGGGGUUGUGUGUACAAGACUAGGUUCGUGCAUUGAAACACACCAUCCAACUGUAGCCAACCAUGACAAAUCAUACAGUUUAGUGAAGAAAUGUUUCUUGAGAAAUUUAGAAUACUAAUAGUUAUUUCAUAUUCCCAUCUACGGUAUCUUCAAUUGUUCAAUUGAACAGAUAAGAAUUUAAUGAAACAAAACUUUAAUAUUACCAUGCACAAUUUAAACAAAGCUCAUGCUGAAAUAAUGUCUUAUAAACUAGAUUCUGACACAGGUUUUCUGUAAGAUUGGGCCGAAAGUAAAAAUGCUGGACUCUCUUAGUUCUUUAUUAUUAUUAUAUUAUUAUUAUUAUUAUUAUUAUUAUUAUUAUUAUUAUUAUUAUUAUUAUUAUUAUUAUUAUUAUUAUUAUUAGUAUUAGUAUUAUUAUUAUUGUUAACCCUGAAAAAUAAGUUAUUACAAAAUCCAAGUGACUUCCAAUGAAUCUGAAACAAUUAGAGCUGCUCUAGAAUUCUGGGGUUAGGUUUACUCUGAUUAGCACAGUACUCUGUAAUCACUGUCACCUGAGUGGCAUCAUAACAACACGGUUGAGCAUGGAUGGAAACACACAGUGUCUACAGUGUUUUUUUGUGGGGGUUUCUGAAAAUUUACAUUUUGUACACUUUGGAAUAUGGUAGCAGAGAGACAGCAGCAGCAGCACAUCUAGUGUUCUACGUGUAGCUACGUAGGAGGCAUCAGAACUGAGCUGUACUCUUACGCUUUGGAAGUGCUUGUGCCAGAGUUUCCUCAGAGACAGCUGAGACAGAUCCUGUGUAGACGUAGGACACACAAAUGCUGCAUUAUUGUAUUUUUAUGACAGUAAUCUAAUACAAUUGUGUCUGCAUUUAAUAAUAGUAAGAGCAAUACAGUGAAGUGUGGCUUCAUUAUGCUGAGUUCCUCCUCCAGGAGAGGUCAAGGCAGAGAUGUGUGCACUGUAAGCAUUUAACCAGCAGAGAUAACAAAAAUAAAAUAAAAUAGAAAUUAAGAAAAAAUAUAUAUAUAUAUAUUUUGUGGACACUGUUAAAACCAAGUUAUGAUGAACUACCAGCACCACAGUGUGUCCCUAACAUGAACGCAGACCAUGAGCGUGACCAGUCCAGGAUCUGUAAACCUAGCCCAUGUUGGUUUUAUGGUUACACCCAUCAAAACCUUACUCAUCCCUUUACAAAGCACAUACUGUAUGUUCAACACUAAUUCUUAAUGGCUGUUGGUUGUAAAUUAUGUUAACCUAUGAAAAAAGGUGAUGUGUUGUUUAAAAUGGCAUGGACAAACUACAACUUUUUGUUAUUUAAUAGAGGACAUGUUAGAGAUGACCAUUACAGAGCUACAUUAUGUAUGUGUCCCAAGUCUAUAGCACACAUCGUAAAUCGACAUUGCUGUAGAAUCCAUGGAGGAAAAGAGCUUUCCAAAUACAAAACUAAAGCUUCUCUUGCUUGACAUUAUGAACUAAGUGCCAAAAUAUUACUUGAAGUAUUUGUUCCCCAGAAAAUGAGAAUGCUUUUUGAGGUGGGUGGCGUGCAUCAAUAAAAUGAUUGAUGGUCAGUCUCUGGGAAGUAUGGGCAAACAUUUGAGCAAUGUUUAAAAGACUGUUAAGGAUGACUGAGUGUAGAGCAAUAUGAAGUUGAUGUAUUAUGGGAAAUUUAUCAGUUAUGUUUUCUAGCCUUUAAUAGGUCCCGGUUGUCGUAUAAUGUGUCACAGUUUUGACACGUAGCAAAUGGUCUUGAACACUGAAUUGUUUGUAUUAUGUUGUUGCAGCAGCAAUAAAAUGCUGAGAAUA